AUGGCAGCCUUUCAGGACUUGACUCACUCUCACGCUUUGCCAUUAAAUUCAAAUAAAAUUCUUAAAAGAGCCGCGAGACUUUCAGCUUCCAAAUAUACUUCGAAACAACAUUUUGCAUUGACAUUAGUAGUGACAGCAACAAAAUCAUGGAAUGUGAAUGUGAAAAUAUCAUUUGCUGCCGCAAGGAUUCUUGUAGCUGUACCAACAGGAAAUAUGAAAACUUAUGAUUUAUGA